UUUCCAAAACGUUUCCAACUUUCCGGCUCAGAUCCUUCGUUUUGCGUUAGUUUCUCAAGGUUCCUUGCGAUAUACGUGAGCUCACAGUUUCACAGAACUGCUGCAUCCAAUCAAACUUUACGAUGGCACAAAUAGUCCAUCAACCAUCAACAGUGAAGAACUGAGUCACUGUCGAGAAGCUGUUGAGUCCUUCAGCAUUCCAGAGUUCAACAUGCUGGCUAACACUGAGGAGAAACCUAAGAUGGCAACUUUUACUGACGAGAUACCCUACUUGGAAACUUUCACUAAGGACAAACACAACAUACAAACUAACGCUGGUGAGAGACCCUCCAUGGACACGUACACUGGUGAGAGACCCUCCAUUGAAACUAACACUGAUGAGAAACCCUCCAUGGAAACUCACACUGUUGAGAGACCCUCCAUUGAAACUAACAUUGCUGAAGAACCCUCCAUGGAAUCUCACGCUGGUGAGAGACCCUUCUUUGAAAUUAACACUGAAGAGAAACCCUUCAUGGGAACUCAUGCUUGUGAGACACCCUCCAUGCAAACUCACGCUGGUGAGAGACCCUCCAUGCAAACUCACACUUGUGAGAGUCCCAACGUGCAAACUCACGCUGGUGAGAGACCCAACGUGCAAACUCACGCUGGUGAGAGACCCUCCAUGCAAACUCAUGCUGGUGAGAGACCCUCCAUGCAAACUCUCGCUGGUGAGAGACCCUCCAUGCAAACUGACACCAGUGAGAGACCCAACGUACAAACUUACACCGGUGAGAGACCCUCCAUACAAACUCACGCUGGUGAGAGACUCUCCAUGCAAACUGACACCGGUGAGAGACCCAACGUACAAACUUACACCGGUGAGAGACCCAACGUGCAAACUCACACCGCCGAGAAAUGCAACAUGCAAACUCACACUGGUAAGCGACCCUCCAUACAAACUCACGCUGGUGAGAGACUCUCCAUGCAAACUGACACCGAUGAGAGACCCAACGUACAAACUUACACCGGUGAGAGACCCAACGUGCAAACUCACACCGGUGAGAAACGCAACAUGCAAAGUCACACUUGUGAGAGACCCUCCAUGCAAACUCACACCGGUGAGAAACCCAAUGUGCAAAUUCACGAUGUUGAGAAACCCAACGCAAAAACUUAUGCUGGUAAGAGACCCUCCAUGCAAACUCACACCUAUGAGAAACCUAACAUGCAAACUCAUGCUGGUGAGAGACCCUCCGUGGAAACUCACGCUGGUGAGAGACCCUCAGUGGAAACUCAUGCUGGUGAGGGACCCUCAGUGGAAACUCACGCUGGUGAGAGACCCUCCGUGGAAACUCACGCUGGUGAUAGACCCCCCAUGCAAACUCACACCGAUGAGAAACCCAACCCAGAAACUCACACCGGUGAGGAACUCUACAUGCAGACCAUUACUUACACAUGUGGAAGAUGUAAGCAGACCUUUAGCAGCUUGUGUGAGAUAACACUCCACAUGCAUGCUCACACCGGUGAGAGACCUUUCAGGUGUUACGUGUGCGGAAAGAAGUUCUUAAAUCAAGGUCACCUACUGGCACACGUGCGGACUCACUCGGGGGAGAAACCCUACAGAUGCGAAGAGUGUGGCAAGGAAUUUAAUACCCAGAGUGCUCGUAAAAGUCACAUGCAGAUCCACGCAGGGGAGAAACCGUACAAGUGUGAGGUGUGCAGCAAACAGUUUAUGUUACCAAGUCUCUUGAAGAGCCACAUGUUGACUCACACUGGGGAGAGACCCAGACCCUAUAGCUGUAACCUGUGCAACAAGAAGUUUCAACACAAGCUAGGUCUGAAGACACACAUGCUGAUUCACACAAGGGAGAAACCUUACGGCUGUAUGGAAUGCGGCAAGCAGUUCAGAUCACAAUAUAAUCUAAAAGCUCACAUGUACACUCACACAGGUGAGAAACCCUACCAGUGUGAGGAGUGCAGCAAGCAAUUCAGUACCCUUAGUGAUUGCAGAAGACAUAUGAAGACCCACUCCAGGGAAAAGCCGUACAAGUGUGAGAAGUGCAGCAAACAGUUUAAGACAUCUGGUUAUCUGAAGACACAUGCAUUGACUGUUGGACAUACUUUGACUCAAAUUGGUGGACAAACUUUGAGUCACGCUGAUGGACAUACUUUGGCUCACUCUGAUGGACAUACUUUGAGUCACACUGAUGGACGUACUUUGAGUCACACUGAUGGACAAACUUUGAGUCACGCUGGUGGACAUACUUUGAGUCACACUGAUGGACAAACUUUGAGUCACACUGAUGGACAAACUUUGAGUCACACUGAUGGACAUACUUUGGCUCACACUGAUGGACAAACUUUGAGUCACACUGAUGGACAAACUUUGAGUCACGCUGAUGGACAAACUUUGAGUCACACUGAUGGACAUACUUUGGCUCACACUGAUGGACAAACUUUGAGUCACACUGAUGGACAAACUUUGAGUCACACUGAUGGACAUACUUUGGCUCACACUGAUGGACAAACUUUGAGUCACACUGAUGGACAAACUUUGAGUCACGCUGGUGGACAAACUUUGACUCACACUGAUGGACAAACUUUGAGUCACACUGAUGGACAAACUUUGAAUCACAGUGGUGAGAAACCCUAUGCAUGUGAUGUGUGUGAAAAGAAGUUUCAAUAUCAGUGUAACUUGACGGAACAUAUGAGGACUCACACCGGGGAGAAGCCAUAUAGCUGUGAAGAGUGUAGCAGGCAGUUUAGUUUCCAAUGUAGCCUAAAGAGGCACAUGCGCACUCACACAGGGGAGAAACCUUACAGCUGUGAGGUUUGCGGCAAGCAGUUUAGAGACGCUAGUAGUCGCAAUAAGCACAUGUGGACCCACUCCCAAUCUGGUGAAAAGCCGUACAAGUGUGAGGAGUGCAGCAAACACUUCGUUACUCUGAGUGGAUUGAAAUCACACACAAUGACUCACACUGGAGAGAAACCCUAUAGCUGUGACCUGUGCAACAGGGAGUUUCGACACCGGUAUGGUCUCAAAAUACACAUGCAGACUCACACAGGGGAGAAACCAUACGGCUGUAAGGAAUGCGGCAAGCAGUUUAGUCAGGCAAGCAACCUAAAGCAACACAUGUUUACUCACACUGGGGAAAAACCCUACAAGUGUGACCAGUGCAGCAAGGAGUACAGUGUACUAUCUUGUCUAAACGCACACCUGAAAACUCACAGUGGUGAGAAACCCUACAUGUGUGAAAAGUGCGGAACAUGUUUUAGAACAAUGACUAACCUAAAGAAACACAUGUUGAUCCAUGCGGGUGAGAAACCCCACAUGUGUGAAAAAUGCGGGAUGCAGUUUAGGACUCUUCCUAACCUUAAGGCACACAUGCGGACACACACUGGUAAUAAACCUUACAGCUGUGAAAAAUGUAGCAAACAGUUCGGUCGAAUGGCUCACCUACGACUACACAUACGGACUCACACCGGCGAGAAACCCUACAAAUGUGAGGAGUGCGGCAAACAGUUUAGCGAUUCUAGCGCUUGUAGAAGACACAUGCGGACUCACACGGGAGAGAAACCGUACAGCUGUGAAGAGUGCGGCAAGCAGUUCAAUCAGCCGAGUGGACUAAAGCGUCACAUGAGGACCCACACAGGUGAAAAACCGUACAACUGUAAGGAGUGCAGCAGGCAGUUCAGUGAGCCGGGUGCACUAAAGAGUCACAUGCUGACUCACACCGGUGAGAGACCCUACAGCUGUGAGCAUUGCGGUAAAAUCUUUUGUUUCGCCAGUGCUCUGAGGACACACAUGAGGACCCACACAGGAGAGAAACCCUACAGUUGUAAGGAGUGCAGCAAAAGCUUUAGUCACACCAACGACCUGAAGAAACACAUGUUCACUCACAGUGUUGAGAAGCCUUUCUGUUGUGAGGAAUGCAACAGAAGGUUUUGUUCUGCCAAGGAUCUGAGAAGGCACAUCUUGACUCACACUGGAGAGAAACCCCACAAGUGUGAGAAGUGCAGCAAAUGCUAUGCUGACAGCAGUGGUCUCAGAAGACAUUUGGAGAAUCAUCACAAUGAAGAGAAACCCACCAUGAACACUGGUGAGAGACCUUCCAAGGAAACCCACAUUGGUGAGAGACCCUCCAUGGAAGCUCUCACAGGUGACAACCUUCAUCGAAAGGGUGAUCUAAAGGAAGACCAACGAACUCACACUGGUGAGAAACCCUACAAAUGUAAGGAUUGUGGCAAGCAGUUCAAGCGACGCAAGAAUCUAAAAGUCCACAGGCAAACUCACAAAGGUGAGAAACCGCACAGCUGUGACAAAUGUGGCAAGAAGUUCAAGCGACGCAAGAGUCUGAAAGUCCAUAGGCGAACUCACACAGGUGAGAAACCGCACAGUUGUAAGGAGUGCGGCAAACAGUUCAAGCGACGGAAGAAUCUUAAAGUCCAUGUUCAGUCUCACACUGGUGAAAUCCCCAAUUUGGUCGCCUAAGUCACCGCACGAAAAAGAGACUCCCACCACAGAGGUUCUGUAGACAUCUACAUCAGACUGGAGACAAAAAGACUAGUCAGGAAAUCCUAAUGACAUUUUAAGUAAUUAUUAGGCCACACUGACUUAAUUUUAUAGAUAGCAUUUCUUUUCUUAGCAAAAAAAAAAACUUUGGCCACAGGCCACACAAUAGCACCCCUGGUCAAUUUGGAUUUCAUUAUUGCUCUCCGGGGUAAGGGGGCACAUGUUCAGGGCAUGGUGCUGCAGCUCCCUUGUUCCUUCUUUGAACAGCAAUGAAGAAUGGCAAUACAAUGAAUAAACAUGAUUGAACUGGC